CAUUUUUUUUUCCUGUUUGGGUCGCUGUGUUUGGGUUUACACGGGUACCAUCUUCCUUGCAGCAUUGCUACCUUCUGAAGAUUUUGCCGUGAUUCACUGAUUCUGAAACCUUUUGUUUUUUACUUUCAGUAAUCUCACUCUGGCCCAUGCAUAUCGGAAAAUUUCGGAUAGCGUCGCAAAGAGAUCCGGAACCCCGAAGAUUCUUUCAGGGCCAAGAGGCGGAUCGUUAAAUGUGGUCUUUCUUUACUCUCAUUUACUUGGAAGUUGGAAAAUAUCGAAAACCCAUAUCGCGUUUAUUGGCGGCUUUGUGAUUUCACUGGCUAUGUUUUAGAUGGUUUUGCUGCUUUAGUUUGAAGUUCCUUUGUUUACCGCAGAGGCGCAGAUUACAGCAGAUCAGGUACUUCAACGCUUUUACAAUCCUUGUUGGGUUGCUUGAUUCAAAAUUGAAGUUGCUCUGCGAUCUGGGUUCCGACUUCCGAGUAGUUGUGUUUGAGUGAUGUUGUGGCGUAGAGAAAGCACGGAACUGAUGAAAAUUCCAGGUGGUGGGUUGGAAUAUAUUUUGUUCGGUUCAAGUGUUUUUCGGAGUAGAAUGGUUUCUGGGUAUUGAGUACGAAGAGAACGUCUUAGUAAGUGCGAUCUAUAUUCUUGCUUUCCUUCUUGAAAUAAGAUAUUGAAUUCGGAAUGCUGGUUCCCUUCUGAUUUGAGUUUAUGAUGCCAACGGGACAACGCUUUAUUCUUUUGGGGUCUUCUCUGUAAUGUAGUGUUUGAGUUGGGUUACUUUGGAUUGCAGACGAUCGGUAACAUAUAGCUGAUUAUAUGCUCGAACAAAAGACUUGCGUGUCUGGACUAGGUUCCAUUGUCGUUGGUCUGAUAGGUAGUUCUUGUGGAACUGUGAAUUGAAAUGCAUCAAGGCAGAUUUGCAAGAUGAGACUGGUAUUUGCUUUUGAAAAUUUUUAGUUCUUCUUGACUGGUCGAAUAGCUUUGUUAAGUAACUGGAGGUCAAGUCUAUAUAAUUUGAAGGAUAUCCAGUUGAUUGGGGAAAUGGCUUCAAUUAGAAGAACUUUGUCUCCGGUGCCACGAGCUGGAGCUAUGCAGAAUGGGGAGGCACAUCUGGUUGCUUCUCCCUUGUCAAAGUCAUCCUCUUGUUCUCUGAACCAUGCACCAUCGGGCGGAUUAUCAUCAUCGUUGCUUGGUUUGGUGGAUUCCCAUUCAUCUUUGUAUAGAAUCCAUUCUGUUGUGCUUGGCUUUUUCUCACACAGAUCUUCUCGGCCCUUGGAAAGGUCAAAAUCUAAGGGGCAAUCCUGGAGACGGGCAUUCCUCCAUUUCUUCAUUUGCUUUAUGGUCGGGAUUUUCAUUGGUUUUACCCCUUUUGUCUCGAUGAGUUUCUCCAUAAAUCUCGUAUCCAAACACCAAGCCUUUUCCUUUGAGCUGAUUCCCCCAGCUAGAAAUGUACAACUAUAUGAUGGCACUUCCAGGAAUGAAGGAUCAUUAAUUGAAAUUCCCCCAGUAAAGGACAAUAGCAGCAUGGGGACAGAGCUGAAGGGGGAGGACAUGUUAAAUGGGAUUUCUGAUAAUAGCUCUGUUACUGACUUAUCCUUUCUAGAAUCAGAUUUUGUGCAUCGAAAGCUUUUGAUAGUUGUGACUCCAACACAGACUUCUCCAUUUCAAGCCUAUUAUUUGAAUCGUCUGGCUCACACAUUAAGAUUGGUCCCUCCGCCUAUGCUGUGGAUAGUCGUGGAGAUGUCAGCCCAAUCUACUGAAACAGCUGAUAUCUUGAGGAGAAUGGGAGUUAUGUACAGACAUCUUGUCUGUGAUAAGAACCUCACUAGUAUAAGAGAUAGAAGAGUGCACCAAAGAAAUGUAGCAUUAUCUCACAUUGAAACACACCGCCUUGAUGGAAUCGUAUACUUUGCAGAUUAUUAUAACAUGUAUUCUGUUGAUCUUUUUGCACAACUGAGGGAGAUCAGACGUUUUGGGACAUGGCCAGUAGCCUUGCUCAUGCAAAGCAAAAACAAAGCAUUGUUAGAGGGUCCUGUUUGUAAUGGUAGCCAAAUUAUUGGAUGGCAUACAAAUGAUCGGAGUAGGAGAUUCCAGAGAUUUUAUGCUGAUAUGUCAGGGUUUGCCUUCAAUAGUACCAUACUCUGGGACCCUAAGAGAUGGCACAGGCCUACUCUGGAACCCAUUAGGCAGCUUGACACAGUCAAGGGAGGAUCCCCUGAGAGCACCUUUAUUGAACAAGUUGUUGAGGAUGAAAGCCAAAUGGAAGGCUUACUUUUGAACUGCUCAAGAAUCAUGGUGUGGCAUCUUCAUCUGGAAGCUUCCCACCCAUUCUAUCCUCAUGGAUGGCUCACAAAGAAAAAUCUAGAUGCUGUUGUACCACUUUCAUAAAAUUCUUACCAUUGCAAGGAGUACAUGUUGAAGGAUGAAGAUUGAUUGAAAAUAGAACUUUUCAAGCUAUUCCUUUACUCGCCUCAAUUUCGAAAUGUUAAAGAUAGCUCAGAUUUGUUUGUGCUGAUUUCAGUCUAUUGCUGGGCGUGGAGAAGAGAUUCCUGGUGGAUUUAAUUUUGCCCCAGUUACAUUCAAUUAAUUUUAGCAUUUUCUUUUUUUUUUUCAAGAGUAAACAUUGUUUUUGUACAGUUAUUCGAGUUUGUUUUCUACCAAUCUGUCUCAGUUGCUCGGAAAGAGACAAAGUUGUAUCCUACUAGUUAGGAAGGGAUGGUCAAGUUGAAAACUGUCAUCCUGGAUGGGAGAUGCAAGAGCUUUAGUGAUAACUUUUCCUUUUUUGCUACUUUGAGAUGACACGAUUUGGAAGAAUCUAGGGGACCGAUCCAAAAGAAAGUGUAAUUUUGCUGCUCAAUUAUGCCUUCUGUAGAAGCCAACAAUUUCUCAUUUUAAAUGUGCUCGGUUGGCUGGAUUUUUGGCUCCUUGCCGUCCAAUUAUGUAUAACUGUCCUGAUUCGAUGAACUAGUAGAGGUGGAAAUUUGUAGCCGAGAAUGUUGCUAAUAUAUGGUUGAUGACAAUUUGGUAAA